UUUACUUUAUCACUCGAUUUCCAUAUCAAGUCAUGUUUACAUUCUGGAAAAAUAAAUGAAAUUGUAUUUUUUUUGAAUGAAGUUUUAAUAUGAUGAUACAAAAGAUGCCAAUUCUGUACGUUUACAAGUGUUGUCAUACGAUAUAAAUUAAUAAUUUGUGCGGACAUUACAAAACAUAAUGCCUUUAGGAGUGAAACCUGAAUGUGUGAAAUGUGGAGUUCUUGAAAGUCUUUUAUGGCACGCAACAGAUUUGGGAAAUUUGUGUAAUAACUGUUUAGAGGAUGAAAGAAAUGCCAGUGAUUCUUCAAAAAAAAAUGAUGAGGAGGAUAGGAAUGGGUUGUCUAAACCAGCGCGUAAAAGUACUAGAAUUACUCGAUACUGUAAGCCAUCUAAAACAAAUAUUUCUAUGAAAGUUGUUCCCAAAGGGAAAGGUCGAAGACAUAUUUUUAAGAAACAACAACCGAUUAAAGCACCUUCAGCAGUUGCGACCCCCGUCACGAGUAAUUUUGUAUUUUAUAAAGGAUCAUAUUUUCAAGUUGGUGACAUCGUUUCUGUAAGAGAUGUUGAUGGAGGAAUUUAUUAUGCUCAAAUCAGAGGUCUUCUAACUGAUCAGUACUGUGAAAAAAGUGCUGCUUUAACAUGGCUUUUGCCCACGACUGAAAGUCCUCCUCCAGAUGAAGAGUUUAGCCCAGAAACCUACAUAAUUGGCCCUGAAGAAGAUUUACCACGCAAACUAGAAUGUAUGGAAUUUGUAAUGCACGCUCCAUCUGAUUAUUUUAAGCUCAAAAAUACUCCUUAUCCACCUGUACUUACAGAAACAGGAACCGGUUAUAUUUGGACAUCACUUAAAAAUGAAUAAUUUUUGUUGUAAAUAACAAAGACUUAUAUUAAGAACAAUGUUUUUAUUUUUUAGUUUAUUUUGAUAAAUAAAUCAUUAGAAAUCUUUCUCAUAAAAAAUA